UUUGAUUAGCUUGCAUUUUCUGUCCGUGCCGUCCUCAAAACCUGGCGGCUGCUCCAUGUAGACAUCUUCCUUCAAGACGCCAUAAAGGUAGGCAUUCUUGAUAUCGAGUUGAACCAUAAAGUACCCACGUGCCGCUACGACUUUCAGCAUCGUCCUUGCUGUGGUCAGCUUGCUCACGGGUGCGUAGGUAUCUGUGUAGUCCUCUCCCUCCACUUGAGUAUAUCCCUUUGCAACAAGUCGAGCCUUGAAGCGUUCAAGCUGCCCCAUAUCUCCAGUUUUGAUCUUGAAAAUCCAGCGAACUCCCACUGAGUUCCUUCCAGCCGGCAUGUGCACCAUCUCCCACGUUCCUCUUUCCGCAAGUGUGUUCAGCUCUUCUUGUAUUGCUGCCCACCACUGCUUCCGAUAGGGACCGGUCAACGCUUCUUCAACUGUGAUUGGCUCGGAGGGCAGGUUGUAUGCCUUCCUCCUUUCCUUGGAGACAAGUGCGGUUGCCGACAUGGUGAGUAGAAGGUGAGUAUGAACAUCCUUCCAUGGUGUCAUGAGGAUUUGGGCAUACCGGGGAGUGGGUUUCUUUACCCGUUUCCCUCUGCCCAAUUCUUCUUUCCUCUUUUCAGCUCCACCCAUUUGGGCCACAGCUCCAUUGUUUAGCCCUUGCUCCACAGAGUCUUCAUCAAGUUCCCGUCCGAUGAGUAUAGCGCCUUCCUCAAGUAGGCCUUCAAUUUCUGCUGCUGCCUUGUCAUUGCUUUUUGAAUUGAUCAGCUUCCACGGGUUGGUGUGGUCCGAGCUUGUAGUGUCAUCCACUUCUUCCUCUCCAUCAUGCCCAUGCUGAUUUUUUGCUUCAUCUUGGUCAGCACACUCUCCAUGGAUCCCACCAGUUCUUUCCUUUUCCUGGUUGCGCUCCCUUUCAUCCUCUGGUUCCUUGGGUGGUGCUAGCUGCUCCGGGACCUCCCACACCCAAUCCACCCCUGCAGUUGGGUAGUCGUCGUAGUCUUCAUCUUCCGUGUAAUCAUUUGCUGCCCCAAUUCCUUCCUUGCCAUUCACUUCCGUCAUCUCCUCCACCGGAGAUGGUGCUGCUGCUGUCGGUUCCUUUGUUGCUCUUUUGUUCUCAGCUGCAGCCCCCGUCUUCCUUCCCUUCCACUCCAAAUAGGUGUCAAGCUCGUAGAAGGUGACAUCUCUGGUUGCCGUCACCUUGCCUGUCUCCACAUCCCUUAUAAUCCAACCUUUGCUCUCUGGGCAGAUUCCCAAGUAGAUCCCCCACUUGGUUCGAGGUAGGAGCUUGUGGUCGGGUCCCGCCGGCUCCCGGUACUGCACCAUGCAGCCCCAUACACGUAAGAACUCCAGGUUUGGCUUGCGCUCGUAGAACGCCUCGUGGGGUGUGAUGUCGGCUACAAGUCCCUUAGUCGGUAGUCGAUUUUUCAGCCAACAUGCCAUGCCGAGUGCGUCACCCCAAUAGUGUAAAGGCAGUCCGCUAUCCGCCAGCAUGCUUCUUACACUUUCCAGUAGAGAUCGGUUCAACCGCUCUGCUAUGCUGUUGUGUUGAGGAGUGUGCGGCACUGUUAGUUGCCGCCGAAUGCCCUUUGACUUCAAGUAGCUCUUAAAAUCUUGAUUGAUGAACUCGCCACCAUUGUCUGUCCUUAGUACUUUUAGUUUCCUUCCGCUUUGCCUUUCCGCUUCAGCCUUCCAGUCGAGGAAGCUUGCGAACACUUCAGAUUUGUUCUUGAUCUCCGUCACCCACGUGUGUCGUGUGCCAAGGUCGGUGAAGGUAACAAAAUACUUGCUGCCAUGUCGGGAAGCCACCCUCAUAGGCCCACAAACGUCGGCAGCCACGAUGUCAAGUAUGUUGUAUGGCUCCCGAACCUCAUGCUUAGGGUGAGAAGUCUUGGUAGCCUUUCCUUCCACGCAGGAGGUGCAACUCAGCUCUUUUUCUGUAUCCUCUGUCACCUUCACUCCCACUGCCAUGUUUUUCUUGAUCAACUCCUUGAUGCGCGUAUGCCCAGCGUGCCCCAGCCUUCGGUGCAGCAGGUUGACGUCCACUGGUGUCACCGUUGCUACCUUGGGAGGAGCUUGCUGCUGGAGUUCUUUGAUGGGCGUCUUCUCUAUCAUGGUACGAAGCUCGUCCCUUGCUGUCUUCCCUUCCUCCGGUUCAGCAAGGUAUGUAGAUCUUGCACCAUCUUUCUGCUUCUCAUGUAGCUUCAUCUCGUACAGCCCUUGCUUGCGUGCGCCUUCCGCUAGCACCUUCCAGUCAGGGCCGAACACCCAUAGGCGCCCCUUGUCACUGUAGGUCUUGCAUCCGCUGUUGUCCAGCUGUGAUUGACUCAGUAGAUUCAGAGUCAAUCGGUCCACCAGCAACACGUUGUCCAACUUUAACUCUCCAUAUGCCCCUUGUAACACCAUAUCUCCUUCUCCUUUCACUGGAAGCUGCCCUUCAUCUCCCAGCAGCACAUAUGGGACCGUAGAAGCUCUGAAAUCUUGCAGCCAACCUUCUUGAUUGGUCAUGUGUUGGGUACAUCCACUGUCCAUGUACCACUCCUGUCCCUUCAGCCCUGUUGCUAGCAGGCACGCUCCAGAAGCACGUGCAACAUUGGCCUUGUGUGCACCUCCAAGAAUCACGUCUUCAUCGCCGUUGUUCGCCUCUGCAAUGUUGGCUUUUGCAGGUGAAUGAGGUUUGUACUGCUGCUGUCCACCCCUGUAGUUUUUGCUUGUAGGGUUGGAGUAGCAGUAGAUUGCCUUGUGGCCAUACUUGUGGCAAUAGUUGCACGUUCCAGCAAACCCGCUUCGCAGCCGUUGUCCAUCUCCACUUGCUCCUUCGCUGGUUCCUUGUCCGGUUGC